CGCUGAUUUGGAAGGAGGUUGUCAAAUAUACGUUUCAUUUUAUUUAUCUAAUUCAUAAAGAAUUUGUAUGUUGCACGAGUAAACGGUGUACCUCAUCAUGGAAAAUUUUAGAAAAGUAUUUUUAAAAAUUGUGCAAGGAUAGCUUGUAAAUGAUAAUAUUAUAGCUAUUUGAAGCUUUUUAGGUAACAUUGUCAAAAUGACGACACAAUAUUCUAGAAAUGUUUUAAAAAUGGUAGUAGCUCAGAUUUGCCAAACUAUUGGAUGGCAUUCUAUUAAUUCUACCCCAUUAGAAUUUAUGGUUGAUCUUAUGCAAGAAUAUAUUUUUCAACUUUCAAAACUUACUCAACAAUAUACACAAGUUUUAGGAAGAAGUGAUGCUAACUUAGAUGAUUUAGGAUUAGCUUUUCGUCAUAUGAAUAUUAAUUUGCAAGAGUUAGCAGAGUAUGUUAAAAAUGUUGAUUCUGUACCCUGUGUUGUUGCCGUACCAAAAUUACCAAUUCAUAAGGAAAGUCAUCUUAAUUUUUUAAAACCAGGUAGUAGAGAAGUGGUUACAAGAUCUGUGCAUGUCCAUGAACAUUUGCCUGCAAUGUAUCCUGCUACUGAAGAAGAAUAUUUACCAGAAUUUAAACAAGUAGAAAAUAUACAUACAUCUACAGUAAGUGAGCCAAUGAAUAUUUCUGAAGAUGAUUCUAAUGAGGUGACUAAUAUAAUUGCAAUAAAUGGAGUUUCAAGUGAAGAUAAUAUAAUUAAGUCAACUCCUCCAGCUGUGUUCAAACGACCAGGAGAUCCUGUUUCUUUUGAUGGAUCUGCUGUAAAACGAGUAAAAACCACAGAAGAAGGUCGUCCUCUUCGUGAGAUACACAGUGUUAUAAUGACAACAUCAGGCUUUUUGUCUACUGCGAGAGAAGGAAAACUGCCAGAAUCAAGAACACCUCAGCAAACCCGUUCAGAAUCUCCGACACCUUCUUAUCCUAUUACUUUACCGGAAAAUAAAAUGGAAAAGAAAAUGAAGAAAAUUACUAAACGAAUUUUGCCAGGAUCUGAAGACGUCAAACCAGAAAAUAAAGAAAAUAAGAAGAAAAAAAUUCCUAAAGAUACAUUAUUUAAACCAGAUGAAAUUAAGGAUGUUAAAGUUAAAAAAUUGACUGGAAUGAAAGAGUUAACUAAAUUGAAGGCUUUGAAACAAGGUGGUAAGGCAGCAAGUCCAAAUACAGCAGGUCCAUCUAACGUUGCAGGAAAAGUACAAGGUAAAAUAUCAGGAGGAAGUCCGAAACAUAUAAAAAAUAUUCCAACUAUAAAUAAAGUGAAAGUGGAAAGAGUUAUAGAUGUUACACAGAAUACAGAAAAUAUUAGUUUGAAUGAGCGUAAGGAAGAAGUUGUCGAUAAAUUACCUAUCGAACCUGAUAAGCAAAAACUCAAUAUUUUUAAAAAGAUAUCCUCGAAACCCAAAGAGGAUAAAGAAAAGGAAGUAAUAGAUUUACAGCAUAAGUUAAAAGAUCAUGCUUGUAGUGACAAUUCGCCAAGUUUAAUUAUUAGCGAUAAUGAACGAAAUCGCAAUGAUAUCCUUGUGAAGCAAGAGGAUAAGAAAUCUAUUUUACAAAGUCCAUUAGCUAAUAAUUGUGCAGCACGAGCUACAGUAACAGAUGAUGGUGUAGUAGAUAUGAUGAGUCCUGGAUCUGAUGUCUAUAUGUUUGAUGAUAUGUCUCCACCAGGAACUCCAAGUACUCCAAAGACACCAGAACUUAAUGUUCCAAAUGUUACAAUGGAGCAAAAAAAAAAAAGAAAAGAAAAAACUGGAAAGAAGAAAGAAACAAAAUUAAAAAGUUUAAAAAAUACUGUUAGUCCAAAAAAGGCAAGAUUGUCAAACGACUCAGUGGAAGUCAACGUUAUGGAUCGGCCAAAGACGCCUCAGGCACCAGAGCAACCACCACCACCUAGGGAUACUAGCUUGCCCCCUUCUUUACCCUUCCCUUUUUUCCCACCAUUUCCUGCAGCUCCUGGCCUUAUACCUCAUCCUAUGUUUCCUCUUCCAUUGCACAAGGCUCUACCAGGAAUGGUGGGACCACCAAAUCCAGCUGCGGUAAUGCCUGGCAUGUUGCGUCAACGCUUUUUCCGACCUAAGAUCGAACCAUCUAAAUCCAUUGCAUCGCCGUCUUUGAUUGGCGAAUCCUUACGUCCAUCUGCUUCUCCGGUAUCCUCCACGUUAUCUUUGAAACAACAGCAGCAAUUGCCAGUGGAUAAACCAAGACCAUUAAAAAGUCCAGAAAAGGAAUUGAUGCUAUCAUCUCCGAAGCUUCCAACUUCAACUAACUAUCUUGUACCGGAUACCUUAGUUUCAUCACCAAUCUUGACCAGUAGCGGGGGAAGUCUUAUGACACCUCUAAUCCCUCCAGCAAUAUCUCCAGUUGUUCCUGCUCCUUUAUUACCACCCAACUUGCCCCUCGUCAAAUCUUUUAAACCUGAUAAGGUCGAAAAAAUUGAUAAAAUCGAUAAGAAGUCAAAAGAACAUAAAAAAGAGAAAAAAGAUAAAUUAAAAAAGAAGAAAGAGAAAAAAGAGAAGCAUAAAGAUAAGGGAGAAAAAAUUAAAGAAAAAAAAGAUAAAAGUGAAAAAAAGGAAAAACUAGAAAAAAUUAAAGAAAAGAAAGAAAAGAAAGAAAAACGGAAGGAAAAAGAAGCAAAUAAAAAAAUUGCAAAGGAAGAAAAAAUUCUUGAAAGCGUGCCAAAGAUUACUUUGAAAUUAGGACCAGCCGGAGGUUCGCCGCGACCUCCUACGCCAGACAGUGCCUUAACAAAGAAAAUCACGAUAAAGCCACCAAAGAAACCAGAAGAGGAAGUGAAGCGUGAACCAACCCCAGAACUAGCGAGGAUUUCAGCACUGGUAACACGACCGCCCAAGCAGAAGUCUACAAGUAAGAAAGCAGAAGAGGGACUCUUAGAGGCAUACGCUAAUCUUCCUUCGGAAGCUUCUCUUUCUAAUGCGACACUCGUUCCUACUCUGCGGACCAAAAAGCCUGUAUUUAAGGCUUUGUCCCUCAGGGAACCCUCUCCCGAUUCACCUGUAUACGCCCAUUCCUUAUCCGCUCAUUCCUUGGCACUGCGAGAAGGCAUGCAGUUCUGCUUCACCGAUCAAAGUGGGCGCCAAGUAUGGAUUUGUCCUGCUUGCGGAAAACAAGAUGAUGGAUCUCCUAUGAUAGGCUGUGAUGAUUGUGAUGCCUGGUAUCAUUGGGUGUGUGUUGGAAUACAAGUAGCUCCAGCAGAUAACGAAGACUGGUAUUGUCGAUUGUGUAUUGCCAAAAAACAAGAACAAUAUCACGAUAAGAAAAAAAAGAAACGCAAAAAGAAAGUGAAAGUUAAUGCCUAGUAUCAGUUAACCGGGUCCAUGAUUAGACCUGGUUUAUCUUCUCAAAUUUUGGCAGCACGAGUCAAAUCAAAAAGCUCAAAUAAAGUAGAUAAGAUCAAUAAAACUAAUAAAAUUGUAAAGCAUAAAAAAAUAAUGAAGCAAGAAUUCGAAAGUUUAGAUAGAAAACUCGCUAAAGGUAAAUUUAAGUAAAAAAAAGUCUGUUAAAUUACCCGUGCUUGUUAGAUAAAUAGUGCUGAAUAGAAUUAAUUAUCUUUUUGUGGUGAUUUAUAAUCGUGCUAGCAGUAGUAUUUAAAUUAUGUAAUUAGAAAGGAAUAGAAAGAAUGAUUAAAUAAUUGUAAAUACAUAUUAAUUAUAUACAAGAAUUGAAUACUGAAAAUUAACCAUUUAAGGUUUGUAUUAAUUAUCUUAUUAUGUAUGAACAGAACAUUAGGAUUAG